GGUCUAGUGGUAUUUGAUAUUGUCUCAGACCUCAUUGUAUUUGAUAUUGUCUCAGUUUCCAUGGUAUUUGAUAUUGUCUCAGUUUUCAUGGUAUUUGAUAUUGUCUCAGGUCUCAUGGUAUUUGAUAUUGUCUCAGUUUCCAUGGUAUUUGAUAUUGUCUCAGUUUCCAUGGUAUUUGAUAUUGUCUCAAGUCUCAAGGUAUUUGAUAUUGUCUCAGGUCUCAUGGUAUUUGAUAUUGUCUCAGUUUCCAUGGUAUUUGAUAUUGUCUCAGGUCUCAUUUUAUAUGAUAUUGUCUCAGGUCUCAAGGUAAUUUAUAUGGUCUCAGGUCUCAAGGUAUUUGAUAUUGUGUCAGAUCUUGUGGUAUUGGAUAUUGUCUCAGGUCUCAUUGUAUUUGAUAUGAUCUACAGUCUAGUGGUAUUUGAUAUGGUCUCCAGUCUAGUGGUAUUUGAUAUGGUUUCAAGUCUCAUGGUUUUUGAUAUUGUCUCCAGUCCCAUGGUAUUUGAUAUGGUUUCAAGUCUCAUGGUAUUUGAUAUGGUCAAAGGUCUGGUGGUAUUUGAUAUGGUCUCCAGUCUAGUGGUAUUUGAUAUGGUAUCCAGUCUCAUGGUAUUAGACAUGGUCUCAGGCCUUAUGGUAUUUGAUAUGGUCUCAGGUCUCAUGGUAUUUGACAUGGUCUCAGGUCUCGUGGGAUUUGACAUGGUGUCAUGA